GACAGAGACAUCAUUUCUAACCAAAAAAAAAGUAACCUCAUAACAAUCUGGGUCUAUAUUUCAGCACAGCAUCUGCUCUCUAGCCCUAAUCCUUCAUCCUUCCGCGGAUCAACAGCUGUUCUGGUUGGAAAGUGAAAACCAGCGCGACCCAGUUCAGCCGCUUCCUGUACACGGCGGUGAUGGAGGAGAGAGCCGUCCUGCGCCAUUCAUCCGCCUGAUCUUUAGGACACGUGUUGUGUGUCCAUGGAUACCAGCACCCUUGCCCAACAGGUGGAGAGCGUCGAGCGGAACAUUGCAUUCUUGCAAAAGGAGCAUCAGGUCCUUCUGACUGGCCUUCGCCUGGAGAUCCGUCACCUGAAGAAGAGAUGUAAUGAUCUGAGUUGUGAAUUGAGCAAAAGGUCUCCUGCGAGGAACAGAGAUGACAUAGCAGCUGAGGAGGAGUUUCUGCAGGCUCGCAUAUUGCAGACAGAACAUCAUCUCGCUGAACAGGAGUGCUCACACGGGGAACUAAAAGCCAAGCUCCGGCACAAGGGGGAGCAAGCGAGUGCUCUGCAGGUGCGACUGCGCGAUGAGGAGCGACGCUUUUUGGAGGAGCUGAAGCGACGCAGUCAUAAGAUCACAGCGCUUAGCCGCGAUCUCCGUAAGCAGACCGACAUCGCUGCCCAGCUCACUUUCCAGCUACACUCAGCAAGGUUCCGCCUCUACCAUCAAGCAGAGGAAGAAGACGAGGAGGAGGAAGGUGAAAGAGAUGAGAAGGGUCCAGGCUGUUUGUCGAGCUCUCCGCAGGUCUCAACAGCCAGAGCAGAAGCCAGACAUCGUAACCACUGUUCAGCAAGAUUGCGAAGGUCAGAACGAGUGAGGGAAUGUGUGCCACAGGAACGCAUACUGGGGCCGGAGAAGCCCUGCCCAAUGCCUGACCCCGCCCUCUUCCUGUAUCCCUUCACACAAAGGCUCCUCCCUCUGCACAUAUCACUGGGAGGGCACUGUGGGGAGGGGGAUUCACAAAGGCGGAUGGGUAGACUACGGACCCGAGCAAUGAGAGAGGAUACUGGACCAGAGACUACAGAUUUAUAGUGAAACAGUGGGAUAGAGACUGAUCAGUUACACUUUAGUUCAGUUGUGUAGUCUUCUACCAGUUCAAUCGACUGAUAAAAAGCAUAUGGAACAGCUUAGCAACUUAUUUCUUACAGCACCUUUACUACGCAUUUGAGCAGUGGCGGCUCGUCCAUAGGGGCAUGUAUGGCUGAGCUCCACCAUUUACAUCAGCUGUUCAACAAAUGUUAAUCUACGUAAAGUCCUCAUUCACAACUCCAUUCUGAAAUCAGUUGAAAUACUAAUCACCUCUUUUGAGUGUCCAAUGAUUUUAAAAAAGGUUGCUACUGUAUUUGACAGAUAUUUGCCCCAUUUAGCUAUGUACUGUUAUUGUUGCACCUAGUGGUCAAAACAGGAACUGCAUUAAGCACUAAUCGAAGUACAAUGGGGCGGGAAUCAUGCUGCCCCAUGCUCACUCUACGAACAUUUUCAAAGGAGGAGGAGCAGCAGACAGGACAGUUAAUGACAGGGCUGUCAGGGGCAUGGUUUUUAUGCCGUCUGAAGUAGUUAAAAAUACUGUGUGUCCGCCAGGAUCUCUUUUCAUAGCAAAUAAUCAGAAUUAAAUCUAAUAAACUUCUCAAAACAAAGGCAAGGUGUAAGUGCAGACAGUGUGUCUAUGAUGUACAGAACCAUUUCAAUUGUUAGAUAUAUUGCAAGCACUGGGCAAAGGAAAGGGGGAUUGUGGAGUGGAUAAUGUCCGUACAUCAGAAAUGCGUGCGCACCACAGUGACCUUGUUUCCCACACCAGGGCUGAGAAAAAGAAGAAAUACAUGUCUCCUUUUCCUAUUGCUCGAAUUUUUGGGACUAGUUUCAGGUCUUUUGUGUGGUUUUUGAGAUGUAGCUGGGAUGGAAAUUUUUUCUGAAACGUAGCAACCCUGAUUAAUGAUAUUAGCUCUUUGGGAAACUCUCCUGCUGUAUGGAACACAGUUGAACAAAUGUAUGUAUAGACCGUAUGCUGGAUGACUAUAAAUUCACUAUAUAGUAGCCUAUAGAAUGAGUCAAGUGUGAUAGCGCGACAUAAUUUUUCCUGAGGUUAUGUCUUUAUUAACAUAGUCCUGCAACAUCAAAACCUAUGAUCACAAGCCACUGAUGUAUUUGAGCUCUACUGGGGUGAUCGGGGUGGCUCACUUGUCCUUCUCUAGUAGAGUGAUGUUUAACCAAUACGAAAUGUAAGUGCAUAUACAGAAUUAAGUAGUUAAUGCUCUCUUACAGGUUUUCAGCUGUUCAAUGUUGUUGACAUGCAGUUGGCUAGUCACAUGUGUUAAUGAAGUAGUAGAAGGUUUCACUCUCUCUCAGGCUGGUAUCUGUUGUGAGUUGAAAUUAUGUGCUAUUAACACCAGAAGAAAUCUGAAUUGACUCUGUAGAUCUGCUGUUGACCACAACAAAAGUAUUUGUCCUCAGACACUACAAUUGACCAAAUAUUAACAGUUUUUGUUAGUUUUUUAGAUUAACAAACUACUGAACAGUUAGAGCUUGGAUACCAAACAAUGAUGUACAACAAACAGGAUUGAUGUAUAAGACACAUGAAUAAAAAGAUUCAUAUUUAUGUUA